AUCGUAACCAUGGGAGACCAGGUUCUGGUGCUGGGCAGCGGCGGGAGGGAACGUCUGGCAUGGAAGAUCGCCCAGUCGCAGCACGUCGGACAGGUGCUGGUUGCCCCCGGCAACGCUGGCACGACAGGUGGCAAGAUUAGCAACACAGAUGUACCCAAAGCCUUCCCCGACCUGGCCCAGUGGUGCUUGGAUAACAAGAUAGACAUGGUGGUGGUGGGUCCCGAGGCACCGCUCGCUGACGGGGUGGCCGACACACUCUCUGACAAGGGUGUGCCCUGCUUCGGUCCCUCUGCUAAAGCUGCUCAGAUAGAAGCUAGCAAGGCGUUCUCCAAAGCCUUCAUGGAUCGGCACCACAUCCCUACAGCCAGAUGGAAGCAGUUCACGGAUGCCGAGUCUGCCUGUGACUUCAUCAACAGUGCUAACUUCCCUGCCCUGGUUGUGAAAGCGAGCGGCCUGGCGGCGGGAAAGGGCGUGAUCGUUGCUGGGAGCAAGGCUGACGCCUGUUCUGCUGUCAGGGAUAUCCUUGAGGACCACCAGUUUGGUGCAGCAGGAGAUGUUGUUGUUGUGGAAGAACUUCUGGUGGGACAGGAGUGUUCUUGCCUUGCUUUCAGCGAUGGAAAGACGAUCGCCUGCAUGCCGCCAGCCCAGGACCAUAAGAGGCUGCUGGAAAAUGAUGAAGGCCCCAACACAGGGGGCAUGGGGGCCUACUGUCCUACACCGCAGGUGGAUGAAGCCACCCUUAAGAAAAUCCAGACAGAUAUCCUGCAGAAGACAAUAGAUGGGAUGAACAAGGAUGGUACUCCCUAUAUAGGUGUUUUGUAUGCAGGGAUCAUGUUGACCAAAGAUGGCCCAAAGGUUCUAGAGUUCAACUGCAGGUUUGGGGACCCAGAGGCACAGGUUCUCCUCCCGUUGCUGAAGAGCGACCUUUACGCCACCAUCAUGGAGUGUGUGAACGGCGACCUCCAGUCCGCCAUGCCGCAGUUCCACACCGACAGGGCUGCCGUUGCCAUAGUGAUGGCCAGCGGAGGUUAUCCGGGGUCGUACAAGAAGGGGAUGGAAAUUACAGGCAUUGACAAAUGGGAAAACAACGAAGAUAAGAUCGUUUUCCACGCGGGCACUGCAACGAAAGACGGGAAAGUCGUGACCUCCGGAGGUCGCGUCCUCGCCGUGACCGCCAUCGCGUCUUCGCUGUCCUCGGCCCUCGCCGAGGCGAAGAAGGGCGCAGAAGUGGUGUCCUUCUCAGGGGCUGUGUUCAGGAGAGACAUCGGGAAGAGGGCCAUCGACUAUCUAGAGAAUAAAAGACCCGGCCUGAGCUAUGCGCAGUGCGGAGUCGACAUCGACGCAGGUAACCAGCUGGUGCAGGCCAUCAAGCCUCUAGCCGCCAGCACGGCGCGGCAGGGGUGCACGGCCGAGCUGGGGGGGUUCGGUGGGAUGUUUGACGUGAAGGCUGCAGGGUACACGGACCCUAUCCUGGUGUCGGGGACCGACGGGGUGGGGACAAAACUCAAGAUUGCCCAAGCCUACGGUAAACAUGACACAGUUGGGGAGGACCUAGUGGCCAUGUGUGUGAACGAUAUCCUGGCCCAUGGAGCUGAACCUCUAUACUUCCUCGACUACUUCGCUUGUGGGAAGCUGGAUGUGGGCGUGGCCAGGGACGUCGUCAAGGGCGUGGCACAGGGGUGCAAACUGGCGGGAUGUGCCUUGUUAGGUGGUGAGACAGCAGAGAUGCCUGGGAUGUACGCACCCGGGGACUACGAUCUGGCGGGUUUCGCUGUCGGCGCGGCGGAGAGAGGGACCCAGAUGCCUAGGGUGGAUGCCAUCAGGCCUGGUGAUGUGGUAGUGGGCGUGGCCUCCUCUGGUGUCCAUAGUAACGGGUUCAGCCUGGUCAGGAGGGUAGUGGACGCUGCCGGCCUGACUUUCCAGUCCUCGUCACCCUUCAGUAGUAACCAGUCUAUAGGUGAAGCCCUUUUGACGCCCACCAAAAUCUACGCCAAGACACUUCUCCCGGUCAUACGCUCCGGAAACGUACGCGCCUUUGCCCACAUCACGGGCGGCGGACUGGUCGAAAACAUCCCCCGCGUGUUAUCUGACACCAUCGGCGUCAAACUGGACGCCAACCGUUGGACUAUACCACCGGUGUUUGGGUGGGUUGCAGGACAGGGAGGGGUAGCAGAGGCGGAGAUGGCGAAGACGUUUAACUGCGGUGUAGGCGCGGUGUUGAUUGUUGAAAGAGGGAAGGAGGACUCGGCUCUGGAGGAGGUUAGGAAAGCAGGAGAGACGGCCUGGAUCAUUGGAACAUGUGUGGAGUCAUCACAAGUACAACCCAGGGUAACCAUCGACAACCUGACUGCAGCCCUGAGAGCCGUGCAACCAACCCUUAAGAGGACAACCCAGGACGGGACAGCCAACAAGAAGAUGAAGCUUGUGAACGGGCAGGCGCACAGGACUAAAGUCGGUGUGCUCAUCUCGGGAACAGGCACGAAUCUUCAGGCUCUAAUCGACCACUCCACCGACCCAAAGAACAGCAGUGCAGCUGAGAUUGUCCUCGUCAUCUCCAACAUACCCGGGGUCAAAGGUCUGGAGAGGGCAGAGAAGGCCGGCAUCCCUACUAAAGUGAUCAGCCAUAAAGGCUAUAAGAAGCGUGAGGAGUUUGACAGAAAGGUCCACGAGGCGCUGAUGGAGGCUGGAGUAGAGAUGAUCUGUCUGGCCGGCUUCAUGCGCAUCCUGUCGGGAUGGUUUGUUCAACAGUGGACAGGUAGUCUACUGAACAUCCAUCCCUCGCUACUACCGUCGUUUAAGGGGAUGAACGCUCACAAGCUGGCUCUGGAGGCAGGGGUACGGGUGUCAGGGUGUACUGUUCACUUUGUUGUGGAAGAGGUAGACGCUGGUGCGAUUGUGGCCCAGGAGGCAGUGCCAGUGAAGACAGGCGACACGGUCGAGUCUCUCCAGGAGAGGGUAAAAACAGCUGAGCACAAGUGUUACCCCCGCGCCAUGGAGCUGGUCGCACGGAGGCUGGUGGCCAUCGACAGUCAAGGGAAGCUGGUUCGCUCAGAUACAGAAUAACACAAAGAGUCUUCUACCAAUAUCUUAGAUUCAUUUAAAUCUGCAGCACUUUUUUGCAUCAGGGUGAACAUCAGAAGUUCAUGUCUUUCAAGACUAUUUUAAGACGAUGGGAAUCGAGAGACCGAUACAGAACAACGCAAUGAGUCUUCUAAUAGUAUCUUCAUUCAAGUCUGCAGCACUUACUUUGAGCAUCAUGGUGAGAAUCAGAAGUUCACAUCUUUUAGUUUGCAGUCAAAACGCAGUUAAAGACUGGUAUGCAUCGACAGUCAAGGGAAACUGGUUCGCUCUGAUACGGAAUUAUAACACUUAAAAGUUUUCUAACAAUAGUCAAUAUUGUAACUCGAUGUAGUUUAGACAUCCAGGUAAAAAGAUAUGAAAGGUUGCAAGUUACCCUUUGGGCCAUGGAGUUGGUCGCACGCAGACUGGUGGCCAUCGACAGUCAAGGGAAACUGGUUCGCUCAGAUACAGAAUAUGACUAGACUCAUUCACGUUAUAAUUUUUUGCAUUGGGGUGAAAAUGACAAGUUCAUGUCUUUCAAAACAAUUUUAAGACUGGUGGGAAUCGACAGACCGAGACAGAAAAACACACAGAGUCUUCUAACAAUAUCUUAGAUUCCUUUAAAUCUGCAGGACUUACUUUUUGCAUCCGGGUGAAAAUCAGAAGUUCACGUCUUUCAGUUUGCAGUUAAAACAACUAUAGUAACACAUUUAAAGACUGGUAUGCAUCAACAGUCAAGGGGAACUGGUCCGCUCCGAUACAGAAUUACACAAAGAGUCUUCUAACAAUAGUCAGUAUAGUACAUUUUGUGUAAGUCAAUGAAGAUUGGACAUCCAAGUAAUAUGAUAUGAAAAGCAACUUACUCAAGCAACAGGAUACAUUUUUUUAGCUGUCAUGCGUUCAUGAUCAGGCCAUGGAGCUGGUAGCUUGGAGACUCGUGGCCAUCACAGUCAAGGGAAGCUGGUCCGCUCCGAUACUGAAU